GAAGCUUCCUAGAAUAGAAGUAAGAAAUAUCAAGAUUGAAAACUUAAAUACCUUGGAACACUCAGAAGAGCAACAUGGGAGAAACUAAGAAAAGAAUUGAAACUCAUAGAAUAAGAUGUCUUUCCAAGUUGAAGAUGUUUCUGUUGGCAAUAACAUGUGCGUAUGUAUCCAAAACACUAUCUGGAUCUUAUAUGAAUUCCAUGCUCACACAGAUAGAGAGACAAUUCAACAUCCCGACGUCUCUAGUUGGAUUUAUUAAUGGAAGCUUUGAGAUUGGAAAUCUUUUGUUGAUUAUAUUCGUGAGUUAUUUUGGAACUAAACUGCAUAGACCUAUAACGAUUGGUGUUGGAUGUGUGGUUAUGGGCCUAGGGUGUUUCUUACAAUCACUACCUCAUUUCCUGAUGGACCGAUAUGAAUAUGAAUCUACGGUUUCAGUUUCUGGUAAUUUGUCCUCAAACAGUUUCCUGUGUAUGGAAAAUGAAACCCAGAUUUUCCAACCAAUAGAAGAUCCAUCAGAGUGUGUGAAGGAAGUUAAAUCAUUAAUGUGGGUGUAUGUACUAGCUGGAAAUAUUAUACGUGGAAUUGGUGAAACUCCCAUCAUGCCGUUGGGUAUUUCCUACAUAGAAGAUUUUGCCAAAUCUGAAAACUCUCCUUUAUAUAUUGGGUUUAUAGAAACAGGAGCUAUCAUUGGUCCUUUGAUUGGACUUUCGUUAGCGUCAUUCUGUGCAAAUGUUUAUGUGGACACUGGAUCGGUGAACACAGAUGGUCUGACCAUAACUCCCACUGAUACUCGUUGGGUUGGUGCAUGGUGGUUUGGCUUUUUGGUUUGUGCAGGAGUGAAUGUGCUCACUGCCAUUCCUUUUUUCUUUUUGCCCAAAACACUUCCAAAGGAAGGACUAGAGGAUAUUGCUGAGACCAUUAGAAAUGACAAGGAAGAGAAACAAAGCCAACUCAAGAAGAGACGGGAUGGAAUCACUAAAGAUUUUUUACCGUUCAUGAAAAGUCUUUUGUGCAACCCAGUUUACAUGCUUUUUAUACUAAUAAGUGUGCUGCAGUUUAAUGCAUUUGUCAAUAUGAUCUCCUUCAUGCCUAAAUAUCUGGAACAGCACUAUGGAAAAUCAGCUUCAGAUGCAAUCUUUCUCAUUGGUAUUUAUAACUUACCUCCGAUAUGCAUUGGAUAUAUAGUUGGCGGUUUAAUUAUGAAGAAGUUCAAGAUUACUGUCAUACAAGCUGCCCACAUAGGAUGCUGGUUAUCUUUAAUUGAGUAUCUUCUCUAUUUUUUGUGUUUUCUCAUGAUCUGUGAUAAUUCUUCAGUUGCUGGCAUAACCACCUCUUAUGAAGGAAUGCAACAAGAUUUACAUGUGGGAAAUAUCAUCCUUGGUGACUGCAACAUGGAUUGUAACUGCCCAACUAAAAUAUGGGACCCUGUAUGUGGAAACGAUGGUUUGUCAUACAUGUCAGCUUGUCUUGCAGGUUGUGAGACAUCCUCUGGAACAGGAAUAAACAUGGUGUUCCAAAAUUGUAGCUGCAUUCAAACACCAGGAAAUUCAUCAGCAGUUCUUGGGCUAUGUGACAAGGGGCAGGACUGUUCCAUGAUGCUACAGUACUUUUUAAUCUUGUCGGUGGUCAGCAGCUUCAUCUAUUCUUUAUCUGCCAUACCUGGAUAUAUGGUUCUCCUGAGGUGUAUCAAGCCUGAAGAGAAGUCUCUUGGUGUGGGAUUACAUGCAUUUUGCACAAGAGUAUUUGCUGGAAUUCCCGCACCUAUAUAUUUUGGAGCUUUAGUGGACUCCACAUGCUUACACUGGGGAACUUUGAAAUGUGGUGAGUCAGGGGCAUGCAGGAUGUAUGAUUCUACCAACUUCAGAUACAUCUACCUUGGAUUGCCAGCGGCACUAAGAGGAACCAGCUAUAUUCCAGCCUUUUUGAUCCUCUUUAUUUUGAGGAAGUAUCGUUUACCCGAGGGAAAUGCCUCUUCAGAAACUAUGCUGGAGACAAAGUUUACAGGGAAGGAAAAUGACAGCAAAGAGAUGGACCAAAAUUCCAAAGUUUUGAAUGAUGGUGUAUUGAAGACUAAACUAUAAUGCUCUUUUAUAUCAUGCUUCCCAGAGUUGGAGAACAUACUACAACUUAAUCAUUUUUAAAAUCAAUAGAAGCACUGAAGGUAACUUUUCCCUGUCUUUAAAAACCUCAACUUUUUUUUUUUUACUCAAGGUAAAAAAAUGUUCACCAAUGGUAUUUCUGAGGCAACAAUGGCAUUUGAGAUUUUCCUCAGAGGGACAUUUAUAAACAACCUUCAAAACAAGAUAUUAGACCAGCUUUAUUUUUAUGUUAAAUUGUUAAAACAGCAAUUUCUCUUUUAAAUCAUGCAAAAUAAGGGCAUA